AUGUUUUGUGAUAUCAGAACAUUUGAGAGAAAGCUGCAAGUUUUUGAAAGAGACAUUGAAAGUGGGCAGCUGAAAUACUUUCGAAAUCUAAAAAUACAUUUGGAAAAUUCUACAAUAUUUACGGACAAUCCUCCAAGCCAUCAGGAAAUCCACAAGGAACUUUCUAGCAUUGUAGCAGCUGCUAAGAAUUUUAGUAACAGAUUCUUGCAAUUCCAGAAAAUGGAGAAAACCCUGUAUUUUCUCACUUCUCCAGAUAAAGCCAAAUAUGAAGAGCUUGAUAUUUCCUGCUUACACUGGUUAGAUUUAGAAAAUCUGGAAAUGGAGCUAUUAGAUUUUCAAGAAAGCUCUAUCUGGAAAAAUAAAUUCUAUGCCCUGCGUGCCACACUUGAGAAGAUAGAAUGUGAAGGGAUGACAACAGACAGCACAGUUGGUAGUUCUGAAAAUGAAAUCCUGAAAGUGUGGAAUUCUCUGCCGAAUAAUUUUAAGUCAAUGAAAGCACUUGGGAUUGCUCUUCUUUCGUUGUUUGGGUCGUCUUAUGCUUGUGAGCAGCUGUUUUCAGCAUUGAAUUAUAUCAAAUCUGAUACCAGAAACAGACUAACAGAUGAAUUGAGUGCUGCAUGUGUUGCUCUCAAAUUAACGGAGUAUGAGCCAAGAUUUGGCAAAUGUGCAGCAUGUAUACAGCAGCAAAAAUCACAUUAAUUGUGCAAAAGAAUGCUAACUGCAAACUUUUACUAAUGCAGUGUUUGUGUCCAAGACACUAAUUUAGGAGUUGUUUAAAGUGUGUUAAGCAAGUUCAGUUUCCUUGUUUAUCUUGCUCACCCUCAUUCAGGUUGACAUUUACUGUAACUGUAGAAGCAGAGAAAAGACCCAGAGUAAGGCGUUCGUCAUACAAUGUCAGUCUGGCAUGUAAUCAGAUUACAAGUUGAGUAUCCCCUUGUACACAUCUUUGGCACAGUUUACAUGCAGUUUUGCUGCAGCUGGAUGGAC